AUGCUCUGCUCGGUUCGUGCGUGGCGUUGUGGUGGUGGUGGCAGGUGCUCGUUCUACGCGGUGCUGGACGGGCAUGGCGGGCGGCGAGCGGCGGAGUGGGCAGCCAAGCACGUGAACGGCGCUGUGAUCGCAGCAGGCCUGCCACGUGAGUCGGUGGGUGCUGCUGCCGCUGCCACCACUGCAGGCGCUGUGCCUCCCAUUGUCCCAUGCACUGUCGGCCAUUGGAUGAACCCUUUCAUUCUUGCGCUGCCCGCUUUCAUGCUAAAAAGGGUCUCCGUUGCGCGCGUGCCCGUGCAGGUGGACAUCAAGAAGGCGAAGCGAGCCAUCAUUGAAGGCAUGAAGAGCACGGACGAGCAGCUGCUCAAGGAGAGCCUCGCAGGCAACUGGCAGGAUGGAGCGACAGCAGUGUGUGUGUGGGUGCUGGGCCAACAUGUGUUUGUUGCCAAUCUGGGCGAUGCCAAGGCAGUGCUGGCCAGGGAGGCAGAUGCAGCAGCACCGCCAGCUGCCUCCACGCCCACAGCAGCAGGCCCCCCGGCAGGGCGUGGGCAAGGCAGUGAGGGUGUGGCGCUCAAGGCCAUCGUGGUGACUCGCGAGCACAAGGCAAUCUUCCCAGCCGAGAGGCAGCGCAUUGAGAAGGCAGGGGUAUCAUGCACGCCUGACAUCAGUGUCUUUCACCUGUCCCCGCGUGACCGCUUUCUCCUGCUUGCCUGUGACGGCCUCUGGGGGGUGUUCAGUCCUGCUGAUGCUGUCAAGUUCACGCAGGACCUCUUGCAGAAAGGGGUGUCGGUGGAAUCUGCUGCUCGUAGAGUGGUGAAAGAGGGUGUGUGGGAGCGCAAGUGCAAGGACAACUGCUCCGUGUUGUUGCUGUCAUUCCAUCACUUUUCCGCGUAG